CAAUCAAUUUCCAUUAUGAUUGCCCGACAAAGACAAACGCUGAAACGCAGCAGCAGCGUACGUAAGUCGAUUUUCUAGAAUGUUAUAAUGUUGUACCUACUUCCUAUUUGUUUUAUUUAUUGUUUUGUUCCGUUGUACUCGCGCUAGAUAAUAUUUAGUUUUCUACAUUUGUAAUUUGUUUUCCGUAUUUACACCGAUCGUGUUCUGUUCUCUGCCAUGGAUUUCUUCUAGUAAAGGUAAAUAACUAACAGCGUUAGUGUCGACAACAGUCAGUGUGUAUAGCAUACACGUUUGUUGGUGUCUGCCAUCAUCGUUGUCGGGUAUCUGUAGAUUGGUGGUGAUGUUUCGAUUUAUGUCCACGGUCUCCUAGGUGCUAUUAUUUAAUACGCUGUUCUUACCUGUUGAUCGGUGGAAAUCUUUUUGAUGAUUGCGAUCGACCUAUUUUAUUAGGUUUGUCACAAAAUACAUACCCUCUCCGGUGGUCGAGGGGACGACGACAGUCACGACGUUUCCUUCCCCCGCGUGCGUUCUUUGGUUUAUAGUUAGGUACGUGGGUUAUUUCUAGAGUUCAUUUCAGAGCGCUAAAUUCCGUUGAGUACGUCUUUCAAAUCAUUAUUAUUUUUUGACACUGUUAACCCGAUCUUAACCUUUAAUUUAUACCUAGAUUUUUUUUUUUUAUAUUUAUGUUGUAUUCUUAUUCGCUUAUUUUUAUUGUAGAAUAUUAAUUAUUAUAGUUGAUUAAAAGUGAUAUAAUGAUUAUUUUUUGUGAUCAUUUUCUAUUAUGCUAUUGACUUGAUUUGGUAGUUGAAUUCAGAUACCUAUAUAGAGAAUGUGAAAUCGAUAAUCUAUGCAUUUUUAUAUCUUAGCAAUUUACCAAAUAAUGUAUAGGUAUGUUAAAUCUUUGUAGAAACCAGAUGAAUCUAGUUAUGACAACCUUAUAUUAUUAAAUAUUCAUUUUCAUUUAAUUCAAUUAUUAAAUUUUAUUUAAUAUUGUUUCUGUUAAUAAAUUAUUUUAUCAGGUAAGUAUCUACAAUUUAUUAUAAUUUAUAGAUAAUGAUUUUAUGUUUGUAAACACUUUUUUAUAGUAUUAUUUUAUUUCAUUUUCAAUAUUUUAUAAUAUUAUAAAUGAUUUAACAACUUUUGGUUAAUUUAAGUAAAUUGGUAAAUGAUAAUUGAUACACUUGUUUGUAAAUGAUAAAAUUAGUUGUCAAAGGAAUGUUAAAAAAUACUAAGUACCUGUAGAAUUUGUAAUUUGUUAAUCAUUUAAAUUUUAUAAUCCAAGUUUCUAUGUAGGUAGAAUAUUUGAAAAACUUAAAAAUUUAAAUUACUUAAUAUACGUUAAUUACCUAUUCUUGUUAUUUAUUUGAGCAAUUAUUGCUGUGCAAUAUAAUUACACAGUGAUUAAAAAAAAAAAUAAUAAAUUAAAUUAAAUUAAAACACUUUGUAAAUCAAAUUACAUUUUUCAAUUAGUAUACUCCUAGGUAUACUAUUAUUAAAAAAUAAAAACAACAUAUGUUAUUUACUUUUAGAAGAAAAAAAAAAGAUACCUAGUCCAUAUAGUGUGAAUCCUGGAAAAAAGAACAAAAAUUGAAAAUCUUUAAAUUAGUAAUUUACAUUUAUGAUUAUUAAUAAUCUGUAAAACUGUACAUUGACAUUGGAUUCACUUGCAGCAUGAUUAUGUUCUGUUGUCACAGAAGGGUUAGUUUUUAGACUUUUUAUUGACUAUUUCUAAGUAUUUUUCCCUCAAUUUAUCCCUUUUACUUGGUUUUAUAAGUAUACCCUUUAAAGCCUCCUUUCUCGCUACCAUUAUUGGAUUUAAAAAUUUUCUAUUUAAAUGAUAUUUUUUGACUGUUGACAAAUGUUAACUAAAAAAAAACACAAUAAAAUUUACUUAAUUUUUCACGACUUACUGAAGUUAUACAUAUAUUUGAAUUUUCCCAAUUUGUAAGUUAUGUUUAACUUAAACCCUGAUUUAUAGUUUAAGUGAAUAGAACUCAAAUAAUAUAGUAACUGGAAACCUUAUCACAAUCUAAAUAAGAAACCAUGAUUUAUACUAGAUAAUUAUUAUAAAUUAUAGUAUAGUAUACUGUCAUCAUCGAUGAUUAAUAAUCGUAUAGGUAUGUUAAUUACUAAUUUAAAGAUUUUAAAUUUUUGUUCUCUUUUUUCUACUACCAUAUUUGUUACUGUAAAUCUAAUGUAAGGGUCUUUGUUAUAGGUUUUAACUUUUAACAUAUUUAUUUUCAGUAUUUAUAAUUAUUUUUAAAAUUCUUUAAAUAUAAUAUUGCUAUUUAAAUAUAUAUUUGUGUUUUUGUUCUAGAGAUUUGAAUGAAAUUAUUGCUGUGAUAUUCAAUUGAUAGUUUUUGUAUACUUAAAUUUACCUACAAGUAUCUACUACUACAAUACACCUAUAGUGGUGUUUUAUACUGAUAUAUUCGGUUUGCUGUUGGAUACGAGGAAGGAGGAGACAUAUUCGUCCCCGCAGGUGACACGUAAAGACACGACGGACGUCUACGCAGAACGCGGGGGUGCUUCUCGUGUCUUCGGAGGAAGGGACGACGCCCGUUCCGAAUCCAAUCAGCAACCGCGUUGGAUACCUCCCUCGAUAAUCAGACGCGAUGCACUCGCCCAAGAGGAAACUAAUGAUGCCGUGUUUCGCAAGGUUCGCGGCAUUCUUAAUAAACUUACGCCAGAUAAAUUUCAAAAACUGAGUGAUGAUAUUUUGCAAAUUGGCUUGAAUACCAGCGUUGUAUUGAAGGGUGUCAUAUUUUUGAUUUUCGAAAAAGCUCUCGAUGAACCUAAGUAUAGUUCUAUGUAUGCACAGCUGUGCAAACGACUCAGUGACGAGGCAUCGAAUUUCUUAAUCGAUCAAGAUCCUAACACUUUUCGAGAAUUAUUAUUAAAAAGGUGUAAGGUCGAAUUUGAUAACCGUUCUAAAGCAACUGCCGAGUUUGACAAUGACAAUGGAACUACAUUAUCUCCAGAAGAUGAAGAACGACGACAGGUUAGAUAAAUAGGAUUCAAUUGAUUUUUUAUCACUUACACAUUUUAUUAAUCAAUACAAAUGCUUAUUUCAUUCUUACAUUCUUUUUAUAUUAAUCUUAGGGUCUUGCUAUAUUUAAUUAUUUCCCUUUAAAAUUUAAAACUCAAUUGACCAUAGGACAUUUUGUCUCUUAUAUAAUUUGAAAUCAUCUGUACAAAUUUAAUGAUGAAACAAUAUAAAGUGUAUAUUGUUCCUUAUUAGUUUACUUAUAGUUAACGUUUCACCACUUAUUUUGAUGCUAUAAUCACUUGUAUGAGAUAAAGGUUUACCCAAUUUUAUUUUAUUAAAAUAUAUAUUUUAUGGUAGAUAACAUAAUACAAAUUAAACAUUAUUUUAAAUUAAUAGUUUAAUUAAACAUAUAUUUGAAUGUUUAUUUUUAAGAUUUAAUAAGAUUAAAUCAUUCAAAUUUCUUAUCAAAUGGAGAAUAAAAAUAAAUAAUGAAAAAUCUUCUCAUAUAACUUUUCACUCUCAAUAAAAUUAUAUUUCUUUCAGUUUAUUCAAACAAUAAAAUUAUCCCAUUUUCUAGUUUUAACUUGAGUUUAAGACUUAGACAAAAGAUUAACUUUGGCUGAAUAUGUCAAAUAAAAAUCGACCCCUGAUCAAUCCCAGGCAAAAAGUAUUUUUACACUUAAAAGUAAGAUUAUCUAAAAAUAAUCUAAAUACAAAAGUAAUAAUAAUGUACAAAAACCAACUUAAACUAAUUGAUCAUAUGGGAUCUGGGGAGUAGCAAAAAAAAAAAAAAAUCUAACACUUAAAAAAUCCAAAUAUUCCCAAUCAACUUCAUUAUAAAUGAUUGCAUUUGUCCAAUUAAUAUUUUAAAUCACACUUUAUACCUGUAUGUGCUAUCUCAGUCUAACUUACGUACAAUAUAGCAAAAUCUACCUUAUGCAGUCUGUGUAGAACUUGCUUAAUUUUGGUUUUAGAGUAAAAGAACCUUUUAUAAAAUUAAAAUAAUGUAUUAUUCUAGAUAUCAAGAAAGUAUAUAUUUUUUAAAAUUUUACAGUCAUUUAAAAAUCCAUGAAUUAGUUUUUAUUUUUAAGCGUUCUAUCUAGAAUAAUUAGAAUAAUAAGAAAAAUGCCCAGUUUUGCCAUCCAGAAUAUUAUCUUCUUUUAAUUUUAGAAUAAAUGAUUUUAUUCUAGAACCAAAAUCAAACGAGUUAUACACAAUUUGCAUAAGGUAGAUUUUGUUAUAUUGCCCAUUAGACUAUGACAGAACAUGCGGGUAUGAAGUCUUAUUAAAAGUUCAUACAGUAUAAGAAGUAGCAAAAAUGUCUUACAAACCACUCUAACCCACUAAUCAUUGCUCUAAACUUCCAAUCUAUUCCAGGGAAUUUUAUUAAAAAGCUAAAGCGUAACUAGAGGUUAUGCCAAUGAGUAAUUGCUUUGUCUUGUUAACCAUGCAUAACUUUUUGAUAUGUAUAUAUAUAUAUUGUAUAUGUUAAAAUAAAAGUAUAUCUGAAAGUUUGGGAAAUAAUUGUAGCAUGAUCUAUGUAAAAUAAAAUUAUCAUAAAAUAUUUUUAUUUUUAUACUUUUUGAAUGUGAUGUAGAUUUUAAUUUUUAUGAACAAUUCUUUGCUUAGGUGGCUAAGCGUAAAAUGUUGGGCAACAUACGCUUCAUCGGCGAACUUGGCAAGUUGGAGAUCGUGGCGGAACAAAUAUUGCACUUGUGCAUUCAACAGUUAUUCCCGCGGAAGUCCAAUGUCAAGGACGCGGCGGAGGACCUCGAGUGCUUGUGUCAGAUAAUGAAAACUUGUGGACGCAUAUUGGACACAGAAAAAGCAAAACCACUGAUGAAUCAGUAUUUUGAUAGAAUUGCUCAGUAUGCUGAAAAUCCUGAACUGCCUUUGAGAAUCAAAUUUAUGUUAUUGGACACCAUGCAAUUGAGAAAGGACAACUGGGUACCGCGGAAAGCUACUACCACAGAAGGUCCAAUGCUCAUGGAUCAGGUUAGUGAUUCAUUCAGUAUUUUGAACACUAAUUUAUCUAAAUAAACUCUUGAACUAAUAUCAUAUGUGCCAUUUUAAAAAAUAUAAUAAUUUCUAUAGGUCACCUUUUUUGAAAAAAAAGUAUAUUUCAUAUUCAAAUAACAAAUUUACAACAGUUAUAACAAUUUUAUCCACAGAGUACGUACCAAAUAAAAGUGAUGUUGGUAAUACAAAUUCCCAAAAUUAAAUUGUUUUCAAAAUUUUACGCCUAGAAAAGGCAAGUAUAAUUUUUCUAUCUGAAUGUUAAAAAAAGAAUAAUAAAUAUUAUACAUUUUCCUAAAUGUUGAGAAAACCGCUUGGAAAAUCAAAAAGUUACUUUCCUAAUGUAUCACCCAGGUUAAAUUUCCUUUCAGAAUAAAUACUACACUUGCCACAUCUGAGCAAGAAUUCUGGUAGAAGAAAAGUUUUUUAGGGAUAAAAAAAAAAAAAAAAACAAUAAUAAAUAAAUAAAUAUUGUAAACCAGCUUUGUUCAGAAUAUAAAAAACUCAAUUAAUUUAAAAUGCUCAUAAAUAGCUUGAAAAUUGACCUGAACACCUCUAGAAAACGCUAUUAUAGGCAUUGUGCGUAUUAUUUAACAUAAAAACUCAAUAUGAUUCAUAUUAAAUAUUUGUUUACAGGUAACUGAUAUUGUGAGUGGAGAGACAAAUGGGCAGAAUCAGAGAAACAACCAAAUGCAAAAUGUGAACCAGUCAAAAGAAAUGUUUAGGCGUUCACUAAAAAUUCGAGAUGAUAUGAUAAGUUCCACUCCGGUAUUACCAUUUAACUCGACAAUGCCAGAUAAAUUCAAUUCAAUUAAUGGUUUUACUAAUUCUGGUAAUUUUUAUAAUGUUAAUGGUCGUAAAAACCAGGGACUUUUAAAUCUUAAUUCCAGCAGCAAUAUUUAUUAUUCACCAGCUAGAGUAAACUAUACAAUUAAUACCCAGCAAAAUAUAAAUACUAAUAGCAAUAUGAACAAUAACAACAUGAAAGACCUUGGUCCUAAUAUUAAAAAGCUCUUGCGUGCGCAACAAGGUACUAAACCAGAAGAUAUGUCUUUACGGCCGCCUGCUAAUAGUAUGUUAUGUAAACCUAUUCAAAUAAAACCUCCGCCAAUAUCUAUGACUAAUAUAGGUCAAUCGAAUCAUAUAAAGUCAGAUGUACAACAAAUUCAGAUCAAACCAAAUUCACAUGAAAAACAUAAACAUUUUAAAAAAGAUAAGGGUGUUUCUAAAGAAGAAGCUAUUAAAAAAGGAUUAGAUGUUUUGGAUAAACUUGGUACUGAUCCAUCUAUGGAUGCUGUUAAAGCAGCAAAAUCAUUUGUAGAAAUCAAAGUACCGGAUAAAUUUUUAGCAGAUGUCAUGUAUGUCCUUCUUUUUGAUAGACUUCGCAAACGAGUAGAUUUGGAUGAAGAAUUAUUACUCCGUUUUAUUCAAGAGACCAAGAAACAAAAUAUUGUUUCUGAAGCAAUUGCCAUUGAUUGCCUAAAACAUUUUGUAUUGAAAGGGCCUGAAUAUGAGUCUGAUGAUGAUAAAACAUUAUACAAACGUUUUUCGAAAUAUGCUGGUGAAAUUUGCCAAAAUGUGACCUCUAUAACAGAAAUUGCAAAAGUAUCAGAAAAUGGUAAAAGAUAUCCAGCAUUUUUAAUGGUUCUCCAAGAGUUGAAUGAAGUUAUUGGAAAAAACAAAUUAACAGCAGUAUUUAAAGAAAGCAAAGUCAAUAUACUAAAUACAUUACCUGAGUCGUUAAGAACUAAAGAACAGCUUGCAGACAUUUUACAAGAACGCAAUUUAACUUUCCUUUUUCCAUUGUUAUGCAUACAGUCUGACUUAUGGAAACAAAUAACUAGUGAUUCAAGUCCGACACAAUUUUAUAAAUGGAUCAAGGAAAAUUUAGACCCUGCUCAUUAUACUGAUCCGGGUUUUAUAACUGCAUUAACUACAGUUAUGGCAAAAUUUAUAACACAGGAGACCAAUAGUACUGAAUUGAAUGCCCCUAAAUCAGAUCUAGAGAAAGAAAAGAGCCUCUUGGAGAAAUUCAAGCCAAUUAUGAGAACAUUUUUUGAUAACCGCAUUGAUUUACAAAUGAAUUCUAUUUAUGCAUUGCAAAUGUACUUCUAUUCACUUGAUUUUCCAAAAGGUUUGUUGCUAAGAUGGUUUAAUCUGAUGUAUGAGUUAGAAAUUAUAGAGGAAGAAGCAUUCUUUAAAUGGCGUGAAGAUGUAACAGAUGAAUAUCCUGGUAAAGGCAAAGCAUUAUUCCAAGUAAAUACAUGGUUGACUUGGUUGGCUGAAGCAGAAUCUGAAGAUGAAGAAGAUGAUGACGAUUAAACUUUUAAUUGAACUAAUAAAAUAUCAUUCUACUCUGGUUUUUGGUUCUCUUGUAGCUGUGUUUUUUUUUUCUACAUUACUAUUUUAAUUUCUUUUGUGUGAGCCCUUGAUUUGGCAUUUAAAUCAUUUAUACUGCCACUAGAAUUUCGCUAUUAGUAUAGUUAUUCAAUAUGACACUCCAUUAAAUAAAAUGACAACCUUCAUGUUAUAAUUUUUAAACCAUCUACAGGAAACUGAAAAAUUAUGUGUUACACUCAAAAUUAUAUAUCUCAUUUUAUUUAUUUUGCUUAUGAUUUGUUUUUGAUGAUAAAGUAUUAAUUUAAUAGAUUCUCAUAUUUAUAUAUCAUUCAUGUUUAAAAAAAAAAAUAGUUUCUAUAAAUAAAUGUGUUAGACAGUAUUAUUGUUAAUCUAAAUAGUAGUGAAUCAAAAAAAUAUUAUUGAAAAGUCCUAAAAACUUAUAAUAUUAUAUGUUUCAUAACUACUAGUGGUUAAAAAAAAAAAAUUGUAGGGCCACUUUCACUAACAUAAAUGUUUGUCUUUCAACCAAUUUCAGUUGGUUAUCACUUUAUCAGUAAUAAUAUAUAAUAAGUUAAAAAAUCAAAUGUCUUCAUUUAUGUUAAAAAGAGUGGCUCUUAGACUGAUUUUUAAUAAAUAGAUCCAUUCAUGCACGAACUAUUACUAUUGUUGAAAAAUAAUAUAACAAAUAUUAUGUUUUAAAUAGCUAAUAAUUGUUGAAACACGUGUGUUAAUAUUUAGAUUUUUACAAUUUUUCAAUGUUAAAAAAACACCAUUUUGUAAAAUUCUGGUAACUUUUUUAAUACCAUUCCAUGCAAUAUAUAGUUUUGAAGUUUACAAUUUAUUUUAUUGCUUAAAAUUUCCUGUUUGACCUUGUGUAUUUUUUUUAUUUUUAUUUCUUUUGUGUAUUAUGAUCUGUCAAAUUAAAAUUUUCUUUAUUGCUAAGUAUGCCGCCUACCCUUGUCCAAACAUAUUAACAUUAAUAAUAUUAUUUUUAAUAAUAAUACAGAUUUAUUGUUCACUAGUUCAUAUGUUAUUUGUAAAUGAAAAAUUCUUGGUUCUCAUCAAACUAUUAGGUAGUUCCAUACUAGGUUUUAAUGUCUCAAAAAUAAUCCUUUUUGAAUUUUAAGUACAGUAUUCAUUAUUAAUCAUAAGCACUUGAUUUAUUUCAUACAAUUAUUAUAAAUUAAUAUCUGUAAGUAGUUGAUAUUUUAAUUUUAAUGAAUAAUGUGUCAAUAAAUAAGUAAUACGAUUCAAUUUUUCAUAAAAUAAAUUAAUAAGCUAAUUAAAUUAAUCACACCUAAUAUAUAUGUGUGUUAAUUUUUAAUAAUUAUAAUAUUGUAAUUAUGGAGCAGUUUCAUAAAAUUGAACUUUUAGUUGGCUUUCCUGUAUUGAAUUUUUAC